CGCGUUUGCUGUGAAGUGGGUUCGGUACAGACGAGAAGGGCAUUUUCUUGACCUCUUCUCAUAACCUCAUAUUAGCGCUCAGUUGCACGAGGUGUCAAUUUCUGUGGCAUGGGGGCUUCGGAAAGCAAAGCAACUUCCGCGUUCACGUUGAAAGAAGCCAUAUGGGCGGACGGGGACGCGGAUGGGAGUGCAUUCAAUUUGCACCGGGCGGUCAACAAGGCGACUGGACAGCCAGCGUCGGUAUUCACGUUCAGAAAAAUACGUGGUCAGCCGGACGAUGGGGAUGAUGUUGCUGUGUUGGGCAAGGCAGUACAGCGGCUACGAACAAUACGCCAUCCUGGGAUCAUAAAAUUCAUCAAUGCAGACUUGGACCAAAAUGGAGUCUUUAUUGCAACGGAGCCGGUGACCCCACUUUCAAAGGUUCUGGAUUCUUUAUCCCCAGAAGAAGUCUCCAUGGGCAUAUACAAUAUCUUGAAAACGGUCGACUUUUUGCACCGACAAGAGCUGUCACAUAACAAUAUUCAAAUGGAUUCCGUUUUUGUUACCGGUGCUGACCGAAAGUGGGUUUUGGGUGGAAUGGAGUACGUUACUUCCUUUGACGAAAAUCCUGCCGCAAUCCUUCCGAAAGUCCAUCUUCAUUUCCCUAAAGACUCAAUACCUCCAGAGGAUGUAACUCCCACAAAGCAGGAAGGAAUUCAGCCGGAUGCCCGGGAUGCAUACGCAUUAGGAAAGCUAAUCUCAGGAUUGAUUGUUCCAUUUAUGACUGCCUCGAAAACCACCAAGCAUACCAGCAGUGUUUUUGUCUGGGGAAGUCUACAAUCGGCCGCCGAGCGAUUGUCGUCGCAAGACCCUGCGGAUCGUCCACGUGUAGAGGAUGUCUUACAUGAUUCUUUCUUUGAGGACAAUAUAUUCAUCAAUGUCGUAGAGAAAUUCUUGAAGGAAAUCCGCGCUAUUGAUCCAGAAAUCAAACGGGAACGCUUUUCUCACCUAGCAGCGGAGAUUCGGUUACUACCCCCCGCAGCAACUGUAAAUUAUGUCCUUCCUCUUGUGUUGACCCGUGAUACCCUCUCGGAAACUGGUGCAAAGGCCUUUUAUGAUCUGCUGUUCGUCCCAAAGAUUGGUAAAUCUGGGAAAGGUCGGGAUUCCGCGGCGGGGAUUCUUCCAGUGGAUAUAUAUGAUGAGCAGGUCCUGCCCUUUAUCGAAGAGAUGCUGAAAGUGCGGACCUACAAUGUGCGUAUGGUCAUGCUAGAGCUCUUUGAUAGAUACUUGCCAGAAUUGUUGGAGUGGGACAAGAGCUUACUACACAGUAUACUCAUCCCAGAGCUUGUGGCCGGUUUAGAAGAGGCCGAUGAUGCCAUUUACAUAUUGUCCCUUUACUCCCUGUCAUCACUUGUUCCACGCCUUUGUUUGGACACUCAAUCAGCAACACCUAUUGCAACAUCACGCGAUGGCUCAACAAUAUCACUUUUAAACGCAAAUACCGAAGAAGCUACUCAACCCAUUGGAGCGGGCAUCACAUCGAUGCCAUUCAGUCACGAGCCGCGAUCAACGAAUCCAAGUGGCCUGCAUGAUGAGACGGGCGAAGCCAGUGGAGCUCCUAAGACGGUGCGGAAAAAGACUUCCUUGCCGCCGGCAGAUACCUCAUCAACGAUAACGGGUGCGCCGCCGAUACGCCGAAAGGCCAGUCUAGUGCUCAUGCCUUCGGGACCAGAUUUCGGAGAUAGGAAGGAGGCAUUGCCCGUCGUCAGAGCGAAGCGGCAAAGUGUGGUGCCCAUGAAUGGCCAGGUAGAGAAGGGUGCAGCAACCGGAAGUGGUUCGGGAACUGGUCCUGCGAGUACUGCAUCUCCUGCAGCUCCGGAGACUCGAUAUACUGCACAAUUGUUGGUUGAGAAUCUGAUUAUUCCGCAUACAUUGAAUGUAUGUGUCUCGGAUACUAUACCGAUGGAACAGAAGUGGCUAGUGAUUGAUGGAUUGGUCACAUUGUGGAAGAAGCUGUGUGUGAUGGAAGGGACUAGCAAGGGAUCGCCUGACGUGCGGUACCUGACUGCAAGUAUCAUCAAAUGCUUUCACUUGAUUAUGAAAGUGCUACCACCUGUGUCAAAAAGCGAGUUCUUUUGUCAGCAACUGGUUGGCGACUUGGAAGGGGUUGCGGACUCUUCAGCGAUGCAUUGGCUUCCUAAAGUCAUUGAACUGGGUGUGCCAUCCCUGAAGGAUGAGAACAGAGAUGUCCGUCGCCAGAUCUCACAAGCACUGCUCAGGAUCAUUACUUUUAUCAGUACAGCUAUGGAGCGUGCUCCGACAGUGGCGCGUAAACGCGACGAGAGCAGUGUAGCCAGCAAACUACGUAGAGUAUACGGACGUCUUGCCCGAACUCGAACGAUAUUUCCCCGAACAGGUCCAAGGGUGACACCAACUGCAUUCACUUUGCAUGCUCACCGCUCGUCGGUAAAGUCCGAUGCAAACCCCCGAAACACUGCAGAAGCGCUGGCGUUUCAGUCUAUGCCUGAUCUUGAUACCGCGGCUCAUUCCGACGACGGUUGGAACGAUAAUUGGGGCGAUGAACCUGAGGUGCCAGAUCAACCAAUAGAAAAUCAACCUACAGCAUCAGGAGAUGACGCAUCCACGCAUGGGUCAGUAUAUGCAGAAUCAUACAGCAGUGGGCCAGUGCCAGAUCAAUGUAGCGUGAAAUCGAACGAAGAUGCUGAAGCCGAGCGUCAGAAGAAGAAGGAGCUGUUACGAGUCAAACGGGAAGCACGGGAAGCUGAGUUGCGGUUAAAGAGGGAAAGAAAGAAGAGUUUAAGGGGUACAUCGAGUUUGGGCAACUCCCCAGAUCCUAGUCCGGUUGAUCGUCAACCAGAGUCACCGACCGAUAGCCAAUCGCUCAAUGGCAAUGCCAGCAGUGAGGCAUCCCCACAUACUAUUCCUCCUGAUCCAAGCCAUCUGCCGAGUCCGACUGGCCAAGCUCCUGACGGGGAUAAAGUUCCAAAGUCCGUAGUAGAGGAGGUGGAUUACUUCAAGGAUAUGGAACCAACAAUAACCCCUCCAUCUCAUAUUUCUGCUGCAAGCGCUGAUGGGAAAAGUCCAACGACCCUCUCAACUCCCCUCAUCAGUGGUAGGCUAGCGAUGCAAGAGAGCUUAACCGAUCUUAAUCCAACAGGUGAUGGAUGGGGUGAUUUAGAAGGGGAGGAUUUACCCGGUUCAGAGCAUUAGUGUUUUUUAUAAUUAUUGUUUAUUUAUUUUUGACGGGUGUGUGUGAGUUGACCCGGUACUGGGAUGAAUUUUUCAUGAAUUUUGGGCUUUAGAGAAAGAUGAAUGGAAAGGAAUUGUACGGGGAACCCCGUUGAUAUGCAAGAGAACUGAUAUGCACUAGUAUUUUACCUAUCACAAACAUGUAAACUUGCUAGCCUACUUUAGAAUUUUACGUUACAUACAAUGCCAGAAUGAUCAAAGC